AUGAACGGUUAUGUUCUAUGUCUGUUAUUCUCAUUCCUACAACUGCAGGCAGUUGCAGAAAUUGUAAAGCCACUACUGCAGGGGCUUGCACCUGGCGAUGUCAUCUAUUUGUCAGGAAUCAUGACGGCAAGUAAGUUCAAAAGAUUUUUUCCGUGCGACUCGCAGAUGUUGUUGAAACUUGGCGUAUAUUUUGAUUAGUUUUUGCUAACGCACAUGAGCGAUUUCCAGCUCGCGCUUUGCUCAAACGACCCAGAUUUUUAGGUCGAAAUUUGGCAAAAAUGUGGCACUUUUUUUGCCAAUUUUAGCAUCAAAAGAUUCAUACGUAUUUCUACCGUACAUUGAAGAACAAUUUUGUGUUGCCCAUUUCUACUGUAAGGGUUAAUGUUUCCGCAAAAAAACAUAAAUUUUUGCUCACAAAGGUAUGAUCAGAAACUGGGUUUGAGGCUCUUCCCUUGUAAGUUUUCUUGGUGACUUCAUGAACCGUUUUUCAGACGACGAAGUAGAAAUUCAUUUCCACUAUCGUGCUCUCAAUGAUACUUAUGAUCACCGGACAACAUCUUCUCUGAUUUCAAUGGAAAUCCAGCUUUCUUCGAACAGCCUGUCGGUUAUCGGGAGUGACCUUUGUAAGUACUAAACAAACAAGACUUCGUACACUGAUUGGUUUACAUCUUUCAGUGGGUCCGACGACAAAGCAGAACUUAACAAUAAACGAUAUCUUCACAAAUGAUUUUGAUAUUCUACUGAAAGUUACGAAUAAUCGAUACCAAAAUUCGCUAGUAGUUGACCGACGGGGAAAGCUCAAUGUCCACUCCGUCUUCAUCGAUGGAAUUCAAUUGGUGCAUAUCGUUAAAAAACCGGAUAAUGUGCAAUUUGGAAUUGAUAGUUGGGCAGCAGCUGGCAGGAUUAUGCAACCUAUAAAUUUCACGUACGGUAGGUGCUUUGUAAGGCGCUACAACUCUUUGGGUCGGCGACAGUUCGGGUCAACGAUACUAUGGAUCGCGUCGGUUCGUCGUUGUAUGCAUGAGGGAAGCUAGGAGAAGGCUUGGUUAGUAAAAAUAAAUAAUAGGAUUGCUCGGGCCCUGGGAUAGAUUAUCACCUAUUUUGAGGGAUUUUACAUGUACUCACAUCAAUAAUGUCUAGCUAAAAGUUACGGAUCUUCGUUUUUUGCCAUAAAUUAUAUUCUUUUAUAUGUUACAGAAACUCAGGGUAAAAAACAAACGUUAAUAAUAACUAAAAUUUAAUUCGAAAAAGCGGGCAUAUUGCAAGUCUUCGCCAAGUCGCGGUCGAGCCUUUGCCGAGCGUCCGCCGACCAUCCAACGGGGUAUCCACCCGCCCUGUUCCCCAUAUUGAUCGAUUCUGUGUUGACCCAAACUGUCGCCGACCGGAAAAAUCGGAACGCGCUGGUUGGAGAACAGGAGCGUAGCUAGGGCUGAAUCAUCAUUUCAAAGGCACGCUGUAAAAUACUUUAUAUUCUUCAGAACGGGGCUUUGAAUUUACUUUCACCCCGGGACAACUCCCGAUGUCCUUCAACUUCCUCGACGCGGAUGACAACAUUCUCGCGCAAUUUCGCAUCACCCCACAACAGCACAACGUUACUAUUGCCAGCCAUUUUGGAUACGCAUGGAAGAACAAAAUGUCAUUUACGCAGUUCCCCGGCGUACAGUGCUAUGUUCAGAACAAGUUCAGCGUAGUGAACACAUUUCAUGGCCUUUUCAUGGAGUAUGAUGUUAAGAAACGGAAUUACAAGAGGUGCUUCAAGCACACGACCCCGCGACCAUGGCAGGCCUAUGCGAAAUUGCUGGUCAUUCGAGCGGAUGGAUGGGUGGAUAGGAUUCGAGAACUCGGCGACUCCACACCAGAAUGUGUUAACGCUCUCUAG